UUGGCCUCAAAGUCACUAACCUUUGGAAUGGCAUCAUCAUCAUCAUCUUCUCCAAUCAAAUUCAUAGAAAAGGCACUUCUUGCCACCGGCCAAUUUGCUCUGUCCUACACCGAUCCAGAUCAGAAAUGGCUCAUCAGAAAGCAUCUAAUUUCUUUCCUCCAAGAUUUUCCAAAUUUCGAGCUCUCUACUGAUACUUUCAAUCACAACAACGGAACCACUGUUCAACUAUUUCGUCUUGAGGGCUCUCUACGUACUCGAAGCACCACUGUACAAUUGACCAUCUGGGUUCACGAGAACUACCCGUUGACGCCUCCAAUGGUGUUUGUGAGCUCUAAUUCCAUGGCUCCGAUUCGCACCAACCACCCAUUCGUCAAUUCUUCCGGUCUCACAAACUCAAAUUACAUCGAGACUUGGGAAUACCCACGAUGCAAUUUACUCGAUUUCAUUCGAAACCUCAGGAGAGUCCUCGCGAAUGAUAACCCAUUUGUACACAACGGUUCCGAUUCCGAUUCAAUCCCAACCCAGAUUCGAUCGGUUUCAAGGCCUGAAGCCUUAGACAGAUUAGCCACGAGUCUCCACUACGACGCAUUGGCAAUCAUGGCGAGAUCAGAGGAAGAGAUUGAAAACCUAUGGAAACUGCAAUCGGAGGUGAAGAAGAGAUCCGAAUCGGUUACAAGGAUCAUCAGUGACCUUGAGGCCGAGAGGGAAAAACUCAAGGAGAGAGUUGCGAAGCUCAAAGACGAUACCUUUGUCCUGGCGAUCUGGGUGGAGACAAACUAUCUCAAAGUGAUGAACGCGACGUCAAAAGAUAUGGGAAUCGAAGAAAUGUUCCAAACGGAAGAAGAUGAUACUGAAGACGUGGAGAGCUUAGCUGCAGAUGAGGCCAUUGAAGACAUGUUGAGUGCAUUGGAAGAAGCAUGGGAGAAGGGAGAGAUAGAGAUGGGUUCGUAUCUGAGGCAAGUCAGAGUCUUGGCGAGAGAACAAUUCUUCUGUAGAUUUGUUUUAUGUUUCCUCCUUCUCCGAGAUCCCUUCUUCUUCUGGGUUUGUCACAAAUUGUGUUUAAACUGCAAUCGGGGUACAAAACGGAUCGUGUUCUAUCUGGUCAAAACCAUGGAGAUUUCUCGCCGGACCUCUGUUUUGUUCUUGUCUCUCUGCCUCUUGUUGUCAACCUCUCUCUCGAUCGAGAAUUUUCACCAGGCUUUUCCUAUUGUCGAACCUGAUCCGAAUCAUACAAAGCUUCGUCUUAGCAGAGAAGGUUUGGAAGCAAUUAGCAGAAUCACAACUCCUAUUGCUGCUGUUGCGGUGAUUGGCCCGUAUCGUUCUGGAAAAUCUUUUCUACUAAAUCAGCUUCUUUCCCUUUCCUGUUAUGAAGGUUUUGGUGUUGGGCACAUGCGUGAUACCAAAACAAAAGGUAUUUGGGUCUGGGGAACACCACUAGAGCUAGAGAUUGACGGAGUAAAAACUUCCAUAAUUUACCUCGACACUGAAGGAUUUGAAAGUGUUGGAAAGUCAAAUGUUUAUGACGAUCGGAUAUUUGCUCUAGCAACAGUUAUGAGUUCUGUGCUUAUCUAUAAUCUGCCUGAAACCAUCCGCGAAGCUGAUAUUUCUCGGCUCUCCUUUGCUGUUGAGUUGGCAGAAGAAUUUUAUGGAAGAGUAAAGGGACAAGAUGUUGCUUUUGAACCGUCAAAGCUUCUGUGGCUUAUUCAGCGCGAUUUUCUGCAAGGGAAAUCGGUGAAGGAAAUGGUGGAUGAAGCUCUCAGACAUGUCCCUAAUGAAGAUGGUAACAAAAAUAUUGACCAGGUUAACCAGAUCCGGGAUUCCCUGGCUAUAAUGGGUGACAACAGCACAGCCUUUAGCUUACCACAGCCCCAUCUCAUGCGGACGAAGCUCUGUGAUCUGAAGGAUGAGGACCUGGACUCCACCUAUGUUGCAAGGCGUGAUCAGUUGAAAAAGCUCGUUGCUAGUAUUCUCCGCCCAAAGAUUGUGCAAGGGAAAGCACUAAAUGGAAAGGAAUUUAUUUCGUUCCUGGAACAGAUAUUGGAUGCCUUAAAUAAAGGAGAGAUCCCAUCAACAGGGUCACUAGUUGAGGUUUUCAAUAAAGGUAUUGUUGAGAGAUGUGUGAAGCUGUACAAUGAGAGGAUGGUAAGGUUGCGGCUACCUAUGUCGGAAGAAUCUCUCCAAACUGCCCAUGAAACGGCACAUGAUGAAGCUAUAAAGGCAUUUGAUGCACAGCAUUUUGGCAGACAGCAUGCAAAGAAAUCUGUCGAUCAGUUGGAUGAACAAAUGCAGGAGGUAUAUAAGAAUUUUGUUCUUGCAAAUGAAUACCAAUCGUCAAAACUCUGUGAGGCGCUAUAUACAAAGUGUGAAGAUGACAUGGACCACUUACAAGCUCUCCGACUCCCUUCCAUGGCUAAAUUUAAUGCAGGUUUCGUGUACUGCAACCAAAGUUUUGAACACCAAUGUGUUGGUCCUUCGAAACAAAAUUAUGAGCAAAGGUUAACUAAGAUGAUGGGAAAGGCACGGUCUUUGUUCAUCAAAGAAUACAACAACCGACUGUUCAACUGGCUGGUUGCGUUCUCGCUUGUAAUGGUAGUUGUCGGCCGGUUCAUUAUAAAAUUCAUUUUAUUAGAAAUGGCGGCAUGGAUACUUUUCAUAUUCUUGGAGACAUACACAAGGAUGUUUUGGACUGCAGAGUCUCUUUAUUACAACCCUGUCUGGCAUUUCAUCGUUGGGACCUGGGAGACUGUCGUGUACAGUCCAGUUCUCGACUUGGACAGAUGGGCAAUUCCUAUAGUCUGCAUUAUUGCAAUGUUUGUGCUUUACUGGCGGUGUUAUGGAAAGAGGAAACAUGGGUCUAGUUGGCUUCUUCCGAUGUACAACACUCAGAAGAAUGGUCGGAACAGGGAACGGUCAGAGUAAACACAUUGCUCCUUCCCCUUUAUAACUUAUAGCAUCUUCUCGGGCAUGCUCGUUGUUUUUAUCACCCGAAGCUCUCUGCCCGUUACUACCAAUUUUUUGGACGCGGAAGAAUUCAAGUAAAAUGUGAAGAAGAACCGAGAGGAUGAUUGAUCCAAGUUGGUUUAGAUUGAUGCCUGUAUUCACUGAACUCUGUACCAUUUACACAGAAUUACCUUUGUAAUGUUUAACUUAAUAUACAUAUAUGGUUGGGAUCUG